UCCUGAGUGCUGUUUUCCUUUCAGUUCUCUGCUUCCCACCUUUCCACGCGCUUAUCCAGGCCGUUUUCUGCUCCCUUUUGCGGAGAACCAACGCGCCCCUCAUUGCGCACAGCUUUUCCAGUCCCGAGAGCAGGCAUAUGUUGAUUGUGCUGCAGCUAUGGAGAAACUCUGUGGGGAGAUGCCUGCCCACCCAGACAUCCUCUCCUUGGAGAACCGGUGCCUGGCCAUGCUCCCUGAUCUCCAGCCCCUGGAGAAGCUACGUGGACAUACAUCUGUGCAGCCAGACAUCCUCUCCUUGGAGAACCGGUGCCUGGCCAUGCUCCCUGACCUCCAGCCACUGGAGAAGUUUUUUGGACAUAUGUCUAGUCACCCAGACAUCCUCUCCUUGGAGAACCGGUCCCUGACCAUGCUCCCUGACCUCCAGCCCCUGAAGAAAAUACACAGAUGUACAUCUGUGCAGCCAGACAUCCUCUCUUUGGAGAACCGAUGUCUAGCUACCCUCCCCACUGUAAAGAGCACUGUAUCUACCAGCCCCUUGCUCCAGUGUCUUCACAUUUCUCACAUGAGGCCAGCUGAUUUGGGUAGCCCGAAAACUAGCAACUGCCUGGUUCCUAAGCUUCCUCCCAAGAAGGUUCCAUGUUGUUCUGAGGAACCAGACCUUUCAACUGAUCCUGGGGUCCUGGAAUCCAUCUCUACUAUGGCUCCAGUUCAGGAAGCAGCUUUGGGUCAGUGGUGCUUCUCAGAAGAAAAGGAAACAUGGGCAGAGAAAGACAGGGCAGAAGUCCCCAUGCCUUUGUACAGUCUAAGCUUGGGAGAGGAAGAAGAUGUGGAGGUACCAGUCCCAAAACUCGCACCUGGACACUCCGAAUUGAAUCCUGAAACCACUGACCAGGUCCUCCAGGAAAAGAAGAUGGCGCUCUUGACCCUACUGUGCUCUGCUGUGGCCUCAGAUGUGAACGUAAAUGAUGCAUCUGACCGUACCCGGGCAUCCAUCCUUGAAGUCUGUAGUGCACUGGCCCUCUUGGAACCUGAAUUCAUCCUUAAGGCAUCCUUGUAUGCUAGGCAGCAGCUUAACAUCCGGGAGGUGGCCAAUGCAGUUUUAGCCAUUGCUGCCUUCCUGCCAGCCUGCCGUCCCCACUUACGACGGUAUUACUGUGCCAUUGUUCACCUGCCUUCAGACUGGAUCCAGGUAGCCGAGUUCUACCAGAGCCUGGCAGAAGGAGAUGAGAAGAAGUUGGUGCCUCUACCAGCCUGCCUCCGUGCUGCCAUGACUGAGAAAUUUGCCCAGUUUGAUGAGUACCAGCUAGCUAAGUAUAAUCCACGGAAACACCGAUCUAAGAGAUGUUCCCGGCGUCCACCCCGCCCUCAAAAGACAGAACGUCCAUUUUCAGAGAGAGGGAGAUGCUUCCCAAAGAGCUUUUGGCCUCUUAAAAACGAACAGAUUGCGUUUGAAGCAGCUUACAAUGCAGUGCCAGAGAAGAAGAGGCUACCAAGGUUCACGCUGAAGAGGCUGAUAGAGCAACUGCAUAUCCAUGAGCCUGCCCAGCACGUCCAGGCCCUGCUGGGCUACAGGUACCCAUCCACCCUAGAGCUCUUUUCCCGCAGUCACCUCCCUGGGCCGUGGGAUUCUAGCAGAGCUGGACAGCGGAUGAAGCUCCGAAGGCCAGAGACCUGGGAGCGGGAACUGAGCUUGAGGGGAAACACAGCUUCUGUCUGGGAGGAACUCAUAGACAGGGGGAAACUCCCCUUCAUGGCCAUGCUCCGCAACCUGUGUAACCUGCUGCGGACUGGGAUCAGUGCCCGUCACCAUGAAGUUGUUCUCCAGAGACUCCAGGACGAGAAAUCUGUGCUCCACAGCCGGCAGUUUCCAUUUAGAUUCCUUAAUGCUCAUGAUUCUAUCGACAAACUUGAGGCUCAACUCAGAAACAAAGCAUUGCCCUUCCCUUCCAAUAUAACAUUGGUGAAGCGGAUAAUUAUUAGAAACUCAAAAGAUAGCAAGAGCCCUGCCCACCAGCGUUCCCUGUGCACCCUGACGCGUAAGCAGCUUCGAGCAGCGAUGACUAUCCCUGUGAUAUACGAGCAGCUGAAGCGGGAGAAACUGAGGCUGCACAAGGCCAGACAGUGGGACUGUGAUGCCAAGCUGCUGGAGCGGUACCGCCAGGCCCUGGAGACAGCGGUGAACCUCUCUGUGAAGCACAACCUAGCCCCGUUGCCAGGCCGAACCGUCUUGGUCUACGACACAGAUGCAAAUGCCGACAGGCUCUGUCCCAAGAGUCACUCACAAGGGCCUCCCCUGAACUAUGUGCUGCUGUUGAUUGGAAUGAUGAUGGCUCGGGCAGAACAGGUGACUGUUCUGCUGUGUGACGGAAGAACUGUGAAGAAGAUACCAGCACUCACAGCAGAUGAAGGUAUCCUGAAGACUGCCAUCAAACUUCAGGCUCAAGUACAGGAGAUGGAAGAAAAUGAUGAGUGCCACCUGGACACUUUGGAGAAGUACCUGAUGUCUCUAGCUGUUCACAGGACCCCCGUUGACAGGGUCAUCAUUUUUGGCCAACGGAUGGAAUCUGAACUGAAAGUAGCCAAACAGAUGAUCUGGCAGCAUGUGAAUUCCAAGUGCCUCUUUGUUAAUGUUCUCCUACGGAAAACGCAGUACAUGUCACCAAAUUUGAAUCCCAAUGAUGUGACCCUCUCAGGCUGUACUGACGGGAUCCUGAAGUUCAUUGCAGAGCAUGGGGCCUCUUGUCUUCUGGAUCAUGUGGGCCAACUAGAUAAACUAUUCAAGAUUCCCCCACCCCCAGGAGAGACGCAGGUCCUGUCUCUCCGGCCGCUGGAGGAGAACGUCCCUGACCCCUUGGUUCCUAUUUCCCAGCAUGGAUGGCGCACCAUCCGGGUCUUCAUUUCCUCCACCUUCCGUGACAUGCAUGGGGAGCGAGACUUGCUGAUGAGAUCUGUGCUGCCAGCGCUGCAGGCCCGAGUGUUCCCCCACCGCAUCAGUCUUCAUGCCAUUGACCUGCGCUGGGGUAUCCCUGAGGAAGAGACCCUAAGGAACAGACAACUGGAAGUAUGCCUCGGGGAGGUGGAGGACUCACAGCUGUUUGUGGGGAUUCUGGGCUGCCGCUACGGCUAUGUUCCCCCCAGCUAUGACUUGCCUGACCAUCCUCACUUCCACUGGGCCCAGCAGUACCCAUCAGGGCGUUCUGUGACAGAGAUGGAGGUGAUGCAGUUCCUGAAUCGUGGCCAACGCUUGCAGCCCUCUGCUGAAGCUCUCAUCUACUUCCGAGAUCCUGAUUUCCUCAGCUCUGUGCCAGACGCCUGGAAACCUGACUUUAUUUCUGAGUCAGAAGAGGCCGCACAUCGGGUCUCAGAACUGAAGAGAUACCUACACAAUCAGAAAGAAGUUACCUGUCGCAGGUACUCCUGUGAAUGGGGAGGAGUGGUGACUGGCCGGCCCUAUGCUGGGGGGCUGGAGGAGUUUGGACAGCUGGUUCUGCAGGAUGUGUGGAUGAUGAUCCAGAAGCUUUACCUGCAGCCUGGGCCCCAGUUGGAGCAGCCAGCCUCCAUGUCAGAUGAUGAUUUGAUCCAGGCCAGCUUUCAGCAGCUGAAGAACCCACUGAGUCCUGCACGACCACGCCUCCUUCAGGAUACAGUGCAGGGGCUGAUGAUGCCCCGUGGGAGGCUGAGCCUAGUGACUGGGCAGGCGGGACAGGGCAAGACUGCCUUCUUGGCCUCCCUUGUGUCAGCCCUGCAGGUUCCUGACCGGCCCAACGUGCCCCCCUUAGUUUUCUAUCACUUCUCAGCAGCCCGCCCUGACCAGUGUCUUGCUCUCAACUUUCUCAGACGCCUUUGUACUCACCUGCAUCGAAACCUGGGAGAGCCGAGUGCCCUCCCCAGCACUUACAGAGGCCUGGUGUGGGAACUGCAGCAGAGGCUGCUGCUCAAAUCCGCUCAGUCACUGCAGCGUGGUCAGACCUUGGUCCUUAUCAUCGAUGGGGCAGAUAAGUUGGUGGAUCAGAAUGGACAACUGAUUUCAGACUGGAUUCCCAAGUCUCUUCCCCGACGAGUACACCUGGUGCUGAGUGUGUCUAGGGACUCAGGCCUGGGAGAGACCCUUCAGCAAAGUCAGAGUGCUUAUGUGGUGGCCUUGGGGCCUUUGGUCCCAUCUUCGAGGGCUCAGCUUGUGAGAGAAGAGCUGGCGCCGUAUGGGAAAAGGCUGGAGGAAUCACCUUUUAACAACCAGAUGCGGCUGCUGCUGUCAAAGCAGGGUUCAGGCCUGCCACUGUACCUGCGCCUUGCCACGGACUACCUGAGGCUCUUCAUACUCUAUGAACAGGUGUCCGAGGGGCUUCGAACCCUGCCCGCCACUCUCCCACUGCUGCUGCAGCACAUCCUGGGCACCUUGGAGCGGGAGCAUGGCCAUGAGGUCCUUCCUCGAGUCUUGGCUGCCCUUGAGGUCACGCGUAGUGGUCUGACUGUGGACCAGCUGCAUGCAGUGCUGAGCGUGUGGUUGGUUUUGCCCAAGGAGACUAAGAGCUGGGAAGAAGCAGUGGCUGCCGGUCACAGUGGAGACCCUUACCCCUUGGGUCCAUUUGCCUAUCUUGUCCAGAGUCUACGCAGUUUGCUAGGGGAGGGCCCUGUGGAGCGCCCUGGUGCCCGUCUCUGCCUCUCCGAUGGGCCUCUGAGGACGGCAGUUAAACGUCGCUACGGGAAAAGGCUGGGGCUAGAGAAGAUGGCGCACAUCCUCAUUGCAGCCCACCUCUGGAAGACAUGUGAUCCCGAUGCUUCAGGCACCUUCCGAAGUUGCCCUCCUGAGGCUCUGAAAGAUUUACCGUACCACCUGCUCCAGAGCGGGAACCACGGUCUCCUGGCAAAGCUCCUCACCAAUCUCCAUGUGGCGGCGGCAUAUCUGGAAGUGGGUCUAGUCCACGACCUCCUGGAGGCUUAUGUCCUCUACGCUUCUUCAAAGUCUGAAGUGAACCAGAAGCUCCUGGAGGCAGAUGUUGCUGUCUUCCAUACCUUCCUGAGGCAACAGGCUUCACUGCUCACCCAGUACCCUCUGCUCCUGCGCCAGCAGGCGGCCAGCCAGCCUGUAGACUCACCUGUUUGCAGCCAGGCCUCCCGGCUGACCCAGCGAUGGCACAACCAGUUUAUGCUGCGAUGGCUUAAUAAACCCCAGACCUUGAAAGAUCAGCAAAACUUGUCUCUGGCAAUUUCCUCAUCCCCAACUGCUGUGGCCUUCUCCCCUAAUGGACAAAGAGCAGCUGUGGGAACUGCCAAUGGGACAAUUUACCUGCUGAACUUGAAAACCUGGCAGGAGGCGAAGGCUCUGGUGAGCGGCUGCGAUGGGAUUUCCUCUUUUGCAUUCCUCUCGGAUGGUGCUCUUUUCCUUACGACCUUCGACGGGCUCCUGGAGCUUUGGGACCUGCAGCAUGGUUGCUGGGUGUUCCAGACCAAGGCCCAUCAGUACCAAAUCACCGGCUGCUGCCUAAGCCCAGACCGCCGCCUGCUGGCCACCGUGUGUUUGGGAGGAUACCUAAAGCUGUGGGACACAGUCCAUGGACAGCUGGCUUGCCAGCACACGUGUCCCAAGUCCCUUAACUGUAUUGCCUUCCACCCAGAGGGGCAAGUGGUAGCCACAGGCAACUGGGCUGGCAGCGUUACCUUCUUCCAGGCAGAUGGCCUCAGAGUGAUCAAGGAACUAGGGACCCCCGGAGCCUCUAUCCGUACCCUGGCAUUCAAUGUAUCUGGGAAGGCUGUGGCUGUAGGCCGGAUAGAUGGGACUGUGGAGCUGUGGGCCUGGCAAGAGGGUACACGGCUGGUGGUCUUCCCUGCCCAGCGUGGCUCUGUUGCUUCUGUUCUCUUCUUGCAUGCUGGAGGCCGGUUCCUGACAGCUGGAGAAGAUGGCAAGGCUCAGUUGUGGUCAGGAUUUCUUGGCCGGCCCCGGGGUUCCCUGGGCUCUCUUCCUCUUUCUCCUGCACUCUCUGUGGCUCUCAACCCGGAUGGUGACCAGGUGGCUGUUGGGUACCGAGAAGAUGGCAUUAAAAUCUACAGAAUUUCUUCAGGUUCCCAGGGAGCUCAGUGCCGAGUGCUAAAUGUGGCGGUGUCUGCACUGGUCUGGCUGAGUCCCAGGGUUUUGGUGAGUGGCGCAGAAGAUGGUUCCCUGCAUGGCUGGAUACUCAAAGGAAGCUCCCUUCACUCCCUGUGGUUAUCAUCCAGACACCAGAAGCCUGUGCUCGGACUGGCCACCUCCCAGGAACUCUUGGCUUCUGCCUCAGAGGAUUUCACAGUGCGACUGUGGCCCAGGCAGCUGCUGACACAGCCGUACAAGGUAGAAGACUUCCCUGGUGCUGCUGAACUCCGGGGACACGAGGGCCCAGUGUGCUGUUGUAGCUUCAGCCCGGAUGGAGGCAUUUUGGCCACUGCAGGCAGGGAUCGGAAUCUCCUCUGUUGGGACGUGAAGACAGCCCAAGCCCCUCUCCUGAUUCACUCCUUCUCCUCCUGUCAUCGUGACUGGAUCACUGGCUGUGCAUGGACCAAAGACAACGUACUGGUCUCCUGCUCUAGCGAUGGCUCUGUGGGACUCUGGGACCCUGAGGCAGGACAGCAACUUGGCCAGUUCCCAGGUCACCAAAGUGCCGUGAGCAGCGUGGUUGCUGUGGAGGAACACAUUAUAUCUGUGAGCCGGGAUGGAACCUUGAAAGUGUGGGACCAUCAGGGUGUGGAGCUGACCAGCAUCCCUGCUCAUUCAGGACCCAUCAGCCAAUGCGCAGCUGCUCUGGAGCUCCGCCCAGCUGGACAGCCUGGAUCUGAGCUUCUGGUGGUGACCGUUGGGCUGGACGGGGCCACAAAGUUGUGGCAUCCCCUCUUGGUGUGCCAGAUACAUACUCUCCAGGGACACAAUGGUCCAGUCACAGCAGCCGCCACUUCAGAGGCCUCGGGCCUCCUGCUGACCUCAGAUGACAGCUCUGUACACCUCUGGCAGAUACCUAAGGAAGCAGAUGGUAAAUAUGAACCUAGGAGUUCUGUGGCCAUCACUGCUGUGGCAUGGGCACCAGACGGCUCUGUGGCAGUGUCUGGAAAUGAAGUCGGGGAACUAACACUGUGGCAGGAAGCCAAGGCUGUGGCUACGGCACAGGCUCCGGGCCGUGUCAAUGACCUGAUCUGGUACUCGGCGCAUUCAUUCUUUGUUCUCAGUGCAAAUGAAAAGGUCAGCGAGUGGCAGGUGGCUGUGAUGAAAGGUUCACCGUUCAGAACCUCCAGUCUUCACCUGAAGCGAGUUCUGCAGGAGGACCUGGGAGUCUUGACAGGUCUGGCUUUGGCCCCUGAUGGCCAGUCUCUCAUCUUGAUGAAAGAGCAUGUGGAAUUACUACAAAUGAAGCCUGGGUCGACUCCAUCUUCGAUCUGCAGGAGGUAUACGGCACACUCUUCGAUACUGUGCACGAGCAAGGAGUAUGGUGUAUUUUACCUGCAGCAGGGCAACUCUGGAUCACUUGCCCUCUUGGAGCAGAAGGAGUCAGGAGAGCUUGACGAGAUCCAGGACUUCAAUCUGAAUUUAAAUAAUCCUAACGGGUCCCGGGUAUCUAUCACUCAGGCCAAACCUGAGUCAGAGUCAUCAUUUUUGUGUGCCACCUCUGAUGGAAUGCUGUGGAACUUAGCUAAGUGUACCCCAGAAGGAGAAUGGAUCGUAGAUAACAUCUGGCAGAAAAAUGCAGUAACAGCUAAAACUGAGACUCUAAAAUCAGAUCCAUCUCUGCAUUCGGAGUUUGAUUUCUCUUCAGAGAGCUGGCCAGAGCCCAUAUGUUUAAAGGCACGUCAGUGCAAAAAGAUUCACUUGGGCUCAGUCUCGGCCCUCCAUGUGCUUCCUGGAUUGCUGGUGACGGCUUCAGAGGAUAGAGAUGUGAAGCUGUGGGAGAGACCCAGUAUGCAGCUGUUGGGCCUGUUCCGAUGCGAAGGGCCAGUGAGCUGCCUGGAACUUUGGCUGGAGCCCAACUCUCCCCUGCAGCUUGCCGUGGGAGACGCACAAGGAAACUUGUAUUUUCUGUCUUGGGAGUGAAAAUGCAGCACGGGACAAAGAUGAUGUACUAGAUGGUGCAAACCUGAAGACACCAGUGUCUGCAUUCUUAAUAAGAUUAUAAAAAUAAAGUACUGGAAGAUCUUAA